GAGCCACACCCUAAAACAUGAAGCAUAUAGUGAACAAGGAAAAGUUAGGUUUCUCUUCUUUUUCACGAAUCAUAUUCGGUGAAUUUGGACGACUCCACCCCAGUUCUCAUAUUUACAACUUGCAAGUUUCUGCAUUUAUUUUUUCUCCUUAGGCAAAUUGGGGGUUUUGGAUUCUGUAGGUUACGGUUUACGGAUUUGGUUCAAGUUACCGUGCUCUGUCGAACGCUGAAUUGGGUUAGUGUGUGUAAAGUGUUUUUGCUUUUGUCCGCGGUGAAGCAAUCUAUUUUAGCCUUUUCCCGCGUGGCAUUUGGGGUUUUUCUGCUAUUUAAGUUGAAGCUUCUGUGGGCUGUGCAUGUGGGUUGAGUGACUUUUGUCCCAUUUUCUGGCAGGGUUCAUGAAUUCUGCACUUCUGAACUAGAUAGAUAGGAAGCAGAGCAGUCAGCUCAGAGAAGAGUUCUUGUAAUUAAAUUGUAAGGUUUGUAUUCCGGCUUAAACAUCAGCAAGUUCAGGGUUAUCCAGCUUUGUUUCUUCGAUUUUGAAAGCAGAGAAGAACAUUUGUCUCAGUGAAGAUGGUAAUGAUGACGGUGGAUCUUCGAUCUGACACGGUAACCAAACCAACAGAAGCAAUGAGGACUGCAAUGGCAAAGGCUGAGGUUGAUGAUGAUGUUUUGGGUCAUGACCCAACUGCCUUCCGUUUGGAAGCAGAGAUGGCAAGAAUCAUGGGCAAGGAAGCGGCGCUAUUUGUUCCGUCAGGAACUAUGGGUAACCUUAUUAGUGUUCUUGUCCAUUGUGAAAUUAGGGGAAGCGAAGUCAUUCUUGGAGAUAAUUCCCAUAUCCAUAUUUAUGAGAAUGGGGGUAUUUCAACCAUUGGAGGUGUGCAUCCAAAGACACUGAAAAAUAAUGAAGAUGGAACCAUUGAUAUUGAUUCAAUUGAAGCAGCCAUUAGAGAUCCUAACCUGGACCUUCUUUUCCCUACUACUAGGCUUAUCUGCUUGGAAAACUCACAUGCUAACUGUGGCGGUAGAUGCCUGUCUGUGGAUUAUACAGAGAGAGUUGGAGAGUUAGCUAAGAAGCAUGGACUGAAGCUUCAUAUUGAUGGUGCUCGUAUUUUCAAUGCGGCGACUGCACUUGGAGUUCCUGUUCAUAGGCUUGUAGAAGCUGCUGAUUCAGUUUCUAUCUGUUUGUCAAAAGGUCUAGGAGCUCCUGUUGGAUCUGUAAUUGUUGGUUCGAGAAGCUUUAUUACCAGGGCCAGGGCUCUUAGGAAAACAUUAGGGGGUGGAAUGAGACAAGUUGGUGUCUUAUGUGCCGCUGCGUUGAUUGCAUUGCAAGAGAAUGUUGCUAAGCUUGAGGGUGAUCACAUGAAAGCAAAAACCUUAGCCAAUGGACUGAAUGAAAUCAAAGGACUAAUAGUAGAUAUCACUUCAGUCGAGACCAAUAUUGUAUAUGUUGAGAUAGAAGAUGGCUCAAAUAUCAUUGCUAAAAAAUUAUGCAAAAAUUUGGAGAAACAUGGCAUACUUUUCUUUGCAGAGGGGUCCAGAAUGAGAUUGGUCCUCCAUCACCAAAUUUCUGCGGGUGAUGUGCAGUACACCUUGUCUUGCAUUAAGCAAGCUGUAACUGGUGUCCAAGAGGAAAAUGGUAACUAGUGACAUAAGCUCUUUGCCCAUUUUCUUGCUCCAGCAUCUUUCUUAUGAGUUGUUCAAAUAAAACAUUAGAUCAUAUUUGCAUGCUUUGAAGUUGAUAUGUUGUAUAAUAACUGAAGGAACUCGCAAAUUUCCUUCUUUCCUGCUGUCAGUGUCUGUUCCAUUUUAGUGGCCUAAUCCAAAAGGCAAAUAAUAUUUGAAUUUCUGCAA